AUGCUGCAGGUGUUCGACCUGCGCAGGAUCCUCAUCCGCUACUACGUCAAGAGUAUCAUCUACUACCUGGUCACGUCCCCCAAGCUCCUCUCCUGGAUCAAGAACGCGUCCCUCCUGACGGCGCUGCAGCCCUUUGCCAAGUGGCAUCACAUCGAGCGCGACCUCGCCGUGUUCAACAUCAACAUCGACGAGGACUACGUGCCGUGUCUGCAGGGCGUCACGCGGGCCAGCUACUGCAGCGUCUACCUCGAGUGGAUCCAGCACUGCGCGCGGAGGACACAGGAGGCCUCGCAGACCCUGGACAGCGACGAGGACUCCCCGCUGGUGACCCUGGCCUUCGCCCUCUGCAUCCUGGGGAGGAGAGCGCUGGGCACGGCCGCGCACAGCGUGGCUCUCAGCCUGGACUCCUUCCUGCACGGCCUCCACGCCCUCUUCAAGGGCGACUUCAGGGUCGCCGCCCGGGACGAGUGGGUGUUCGCCGACAUGGACCUGCUGCAGAAGGUGGUGGCCCCGGCCAUCAGGAUGGCCCUCAAGCUCCACCAGGACCAGUUCACCUGCCCCGACGAGUACGAGGACCCCGCGGUCCUCUUCGAGGCCAUCCGGUCCUUCGAGCGGACGGUGGUCAUCUGCCACGAGGGCGACCCGGCCUGGCGGGGGGCGGUGCUCGCCAACAGGGCGGAGCUGCUCACCCUGCGGCACGUGGUGGACGAGGGCGCCGCCGAGUACAAGGUCAUCAUGCUGCACCGGAGCUUCCUCAGCUUCAAGGUGAUCAAGGUACCGAGCAGGUCCCGGCGCCCGGGCCCGGGGUGUGAGCAGCAGGAGCGGGGCUGGCACGGGCGUCUGUUCACAGACAGUCUCAGAGCGGCCGCUCCCGCCUCCGAUGACCAGUGCGCAGGCGAGGGCUUCGGCAAGCCCUGGUAG